AUGGAAUCGGGACAGGAACAAACGUCACGGCAGCGUAUGGCGGCAGCUAGGCUAGUCAUGAGCUAUCGUUACUUCUUCGAUUAGAUCCCUUAUCUCUGCUACUUUUCAUAUCUACAAUCCACAUCCAGCAACUGCGGGGGGGUUUAAAAGCUCGGCAUCAUGGGUGAACCACAGCAGGUCAGUGCUCUGCCUCCUCCGCCUAUGCAGUACAUCAAAGAGUACACGGAUGAAAACAUUCGCAAGGGUCUGGCUCCUAAGCCACCUCCGCCCAUCAGAGACAGCUACAUGAUGUUUGGCAACCAGUUCCAGUGUGACGACCUCAUCAUCCGGCCUCUGGAGAGCCAAGGCAUUGAGCGGCUCCAUCCGAUGCAGUUUGACCACAAGCGGGAGCUCAAGAAGCUCAACAUGUCCAUUCUCGUGAACUUUCUGGACUUGCUGGACAUCCUUAUCAAGAGCCCUGGCAGUAUAAAGCGUGAAGAGAAGCUGGAGGACCUAAAGCUUCUGUUUGUUCAUUUGCACCACCUGAUAAAUGAAUAUAGGCCACACCAAGCCAGGGAGACGCUGAGGGUGAUGAUGGAGGUGCAGAAGAGACAGAGGCUGGAGACAGCUGAGAGGUUCCAGAAGCAUCUGGAGAGGGUGGUGGAGAUGAUCCAGGGGUGCCUUGCCUCCUUACCUGAUGACUUGCCACAGAUGGAGGGUCCAGAUGGUGCUGGUGAUGGUACAAGGAGCGCGUCAGCAGUCGCUAGUGUCGGUUGCUCCUCUGGCCAGGCGCCCAGGCUGAAAACUGAACCAAUGGAUGUAGAGGAAGCCGGUGCCAGCUGUAUGGCAGCAGGCCACCAGGACAAACGCGUCCUUACUUCAAAGAGGGACAAAAUAUGGGACAAAGAUGCUGCCAUGUGCAGUAUUAUUGAUGACAUUGCUUAAUAUUUCUGUUGAGUGGUUAUGUUUCCUAAAGUGUUUGUAUGUUGUACUUAGAGUAAGUCGUUGCUGUGUUCACUGGGCCUGAAGUCAUUUCUGGUGUCGAAUGGUGUUUUAUUUAAAAGCUAUCCUGUAGAUAUAUUAAUUUUCUGUCAAGAUAUUUGAAGAAUGUAAAUCACUUUUUGCAAUAAAAGCAAUAAAGAACCCUUUCAACUGC